AUGAUGAACAUUCACCAGUUUCGACUAUGGUUUUUGACAAUUACCACAUUCAUCUAUAUCUCUGACACAUCCGACUCGAACAAUUUCUACUAUUCAACGAAUGUCACAGAAGCCACAAACAAAUUUGUCGCAGCAUGUCUCAAUGUGGAAGGUUCGAUCGAAUAUUUCAUUCAUCCUUUAAAAGGCGUUCAUGACGAACCAUUGCAAGCAACAGUCUGUGCUCGAGGUAAUUCACAUGCACGUUCGAUCAUCUAUACUAUCUCUGGUACGCAUGGCAUAGAAGGUUAUGCUGGAUCAAUGGCUCAAAUUAGUAUGCUUCAUAUGUCAUCUUUGAUACCUUUCGAUAAUGUUCGAGUUGUUCAUUUGCAUAUGAUCAAUCCCUAUGGUGCUUCUUUCAUUUCUAAAGAGAAUGAAGAUAAUGCUGAUCAAUUGAAAAACGAACCGAAAUAUUAUGAUCUCGGUUACGAUAAUUCUAUACUACAACGUCUGAUCGAUGGGAUCGAUUUACCGAAUUUGUCAAAUCAAACUGUUCAACAACAAGCAUUUGCUCUAUUUGCUCAAUUGAUGGCUGAGCAUGGUGAGCAUGCCGUUAAUACAGCUCUAAAAACUGGUCAAGGUAAACGACCGCAAGGUAUUGGCUAUUUUGGACCGUUCAAAUCAUGGUCCAGUGCAACAAGUGAACAAGUGGUCAAGAAAUAUUUGCAAAAUGCCGACAAUGUUCUUCUCAUCGAUUGGCACACCGCUGUCGGUUUGUAUGGCAAUUGGACUUAUUUGCCGAUGGAUAACGUAUCAGCAACAGCGUUUCAACGCUGGAUUCCAGAUGCUCCCACUGAGCCUUAUGAUAUAGUCGUACCAAUCGGCGGUGAAUUGCCUUACAGUUCCAUUAAGUCAAUAUCGGGCGCUAAACAUUUGAUGCGUGUUGCCUGGGAAGCUGGCACUUAUCAAGUGACACCAGAUAUUAGUGCCAUGUUUUUUCAACGACUGUACUGUCGCUUUUACAGCAAUCUGAGCGACCCAUUUUGCCAACAAAUCAUUGCCAAGACCAGAGAGUAUUUCUAUCCACAAGGAACUGAUUGGAAAAUAUUAACCUACAAUGCGAUUAAUGAACUUCUUCCUCGAAUAGUGUCUGGCUUUGUUGGUGAAAUAAGCAACGGUACACCAUCGAUUAUGUCUCAUUUUUUAGAGACCCUUGCACUAUUGAUAUGUCUCCUUAACUUUACAAUUCAACUGAAUCGCUGA